GAGGACCUGAUCGUUCGACAGGCGAAGCACCUGGCAGCGGAUGGGUGGUUAGCCAAGGGCUACGAGUACAUCAUCAUCGACGACUGCUGGCCUUCAAAAUACCGGGAUCCAUCUACCAAGAAACUUAUCCCUGACCCGAAAAGGUUUCCUCAUGGCCUGAAAUGGCUCUCCGACUUUGUCCACUCUCUUGGCCUGAAGUUCGGCAUUUACCUCGACUUCGGGUCAAAGACCUGCGCCGGUUACCCUGGGUCGAUGGACUUCCUCAAAGUCGACGCGGACACCAUGGCAGAGUGGAGCGUCGACUUCAUCAAGAUGGACGGUUGCAACAGCGACCUCAAGAUUCAGGCUGAUGGCUACGCUGAAUUCGGUCGAUACCUGAACGCCACCAAGCGUCCAAUCGUCUACGGUUGCAGCUAUCCACUGUUCCAGCGCUGGACGAAAGGCGAGUACUUGAAUUGGACUCAACUGGCGGAAAACUGCAACCUCUGGCGUCUGCUAGAUGACAUUCAGGACAGCUGGGUCUCACUUCAGACCAUCAUGAGGAAAUACGAGAUCCACAGGGAAACCGUCAUUCCGGUCGCCGGUCCGGGACACUGGAACGACCUUGACAUGUUGCUAGGAGGCAACUUUGGACUCUCAUUGGACGAGACUCGAGUCCAGUUCGGCAUGUGGGCCAUGCACGCUACACCCCUCAUUCUCUCCGUCGAUCUGGCAAACAUUCCAGCCAAUGUUAAGGAGGUCCUUCUAGCCGACUUCGUCAUUCGUGUGAGCCAGGACAAGAUGGGGAGCCCAGCGGACAUGCUGGAGUCCAUAGAAGGCAUCCAGGUCUGGAAGCGCAGGCUUGUCGAUUUCAACGGUGGUUGGGCUCUUGCUUUUCUCCACCUGAGUGAUUCCACUGGCUACCCCAAGAUGAUCGUUCUGACGCUCCGGGAGGUGGGCAUUCCUGAAGGCGUCGACCAGGGUGAGGACAAGCAGGACCGGUCAUUCAAGCUACUUGAUGCCUUCAGUGGAACUGACUUGAUCACUGUUACACCCACCGAGUCCUUUGAAGUGCGUGUCAAUCCAAGUGGGAUCGUUAUGCUUAUUGUGCAACCCACCCAAACGAGUUAA